UAAGGUUUGUCAAAACUUUUAUUUAUAUCUUACGCAUUAUUUGUUUACCAAUAGAUAUUGUUCCGUUUCGUGAUUCGAUUCUUGUGGGAAAAGAAUUAUUGAAAUGGUUUUGGAGGAAUUAUGAAAUGGACAAAAACUGUGCAGCUAUUUGGUACGUAUUUGGGAUCUUAGUUCAUAGUUCAAGAAAUCAUGGAUGCCUCAUGUUUUUGCAUUGCUCACAACAAAGACUCUCCUGUAUUAAAUCAGGCAAGCUCUAUGGAACUGGAUGCAGCCUUACAUGAGCUAGGCAUGCUCAGUAAAGUUACUGAUAGCCGUGUGGACUACCUCAAUGAAAAAAUGAGGCGGAAGCGAGCCAGCAACUCUCUGUCUUCUGCUCCCUUAUGUGUAGUUCAGAUGAAUUCUAAAUUUGUAACCAAGUUUUCACUUUCCAGAAACUCUUGCUCAGAUAGUGAUUCCGAAGACGAGGGUGACGACCGUGUUUGUCGUUCACCAAAACUUUCAUCCAAACUGUCUAACGUUCGUAUGGGACAGUCGUACUUCUUCAAUAAGUUUAGAGAGUCUAAUAUCUGUAGAAGGCGGCAAGCACGUAUGUACAAACCUUAUGAUAUAGUGUGGAAGAAGCGGAUGCAAACAGAGAAAGAGGUGACCGACAUUCUGGCUGCUGUGACAGCUGAUAGGGCUAGUCCUCCAACUGUGUCGAGGCAAGAUAGUGGUAACAAGUCAAAUCCAAGUAGUCCUGUCAAAAGCCAAAGUUACCCCGCCUCUUCUGGAAGCUCAAUUGUGCGCUCACGUUCCUUAGAUGAUUUGGAAAUCAGCAAGUUAGAUUAUUCAAAAGAGGACUGUUGUUCUUAUGGUAGAUCCGAUAUAGAUACUGUUUCGCAGCGUAUAAGUAAGCUACAUGUCAGUUGAAAUAGCCUGUACAAUUUGUUAUCUUUUAAAUAAAUUGUUCCAAAAUGGUUAUCUCCCUUGUUGUUGCAGAUAAAUGGGAUACUCUUUGUUUUGUGUUUUGACUUUAUUUUGUUUGAAGGAUAUCAGUGUAACAAGAAUUUCUUUUUGUCUCUUACUUUGCUCUUCACUUGUCCUAAGCAUUUCCUGAAUUUUGAAGCCAUCGACUUGUACAAAAAUUUUGAAAGGAUAAAAAUUUAAUCAAUUUUUCAUGACAUGAAUUAUAAAUGUAAUCUUGUAUCACAAUGUGCCCAACAACUAUACCAUUUUUGCAAAAGUUUUAAAUUAAUUUUGAAUAUUUAAAAAAAUUACUGGGUCAUAUUAUUGUUCUCAAAAUAAGAAUUAUAAAUUGAAAUAUAAAAGCUGUAUAUGCUAUUGUUGUAUAGUUUAAUUUUUUUUACUGGAAUAUCUUGCAACACUGAAUAAAUUUGUUCAGUGGUAAAGCAUUUAUCAUUGUGUGUUUUUUUUUUAUUAGUGUUCAUGUUAUUGUUAUUUUUGUUUAGAAAGUAUAAACUGUUACACCUUUUAUUAGAAGUAUUUACUAAAAUAAGAUUUAAAUGCUUAAUUGCAUUUCAUUUCUCUAAUUUAUAAUUACUAACUUUUAAAGUGAAUUAAAUCUGGUAAUAAAGGAACAAGAUUAGUGAAUUUAAGUAAAACAGGUAAAGAAUUAAAAAUUUGUAUGUAUACUUUUCAUUGAUAUUUAACAUUUUACUUGAAUAAGGCUUUCAUAAUAAUAUAAAUGGAAUAAGAAAAAUAAAACCUUUUCAUUUCAUGAGUAGUGUAUAUCUUGGGAAAUGAAGAAAAAGUAUUGAUCAAGCUUGUUAUCAAAGUACCUUAAUACUUAUUCUAUAUUUAAAAUAGAACACAUUUAUAUGUAUUUUCUUUCAUUUAUUUGUUUCCUUCCUUUGUUUUUCUUCAUUUAUUUCUCAUUUUUACUCUUUUAAAAAUAGUAUCUAUAAUAAACUGUGAUAAUUAGGUUUCAAAUAUUAUAAGAAUUGUCCUUAAUUACAUAUAUUUAAUUUUUUAAUUGCAGCUUUAUCUUAUGUUGUUUCAGUAUGUUUGUGGACUAAAAUAAUUUUCUGUUAUUAGUUUUCGAGAGAAAUUAUUGUAGUAAGUCUUUUAUUAUAUAAUGCUUAUAUUACAUUCAUUUUUUUAUAUCGAAUUUUUUUUAUCUAGUAUUAAAAUAAAUCUAAUAUCAAAAUAUUUGUAGACAGUGAAAAAAAUUAAAUAAAAUUAUUUGCCAUUAUCUAAUAAUGAAUAGCAGAAUAUAGAAUAAAGUAAUUUUGAUAAUACUUUCCAUUUAAAUUUUUUUUUCGUUUUAAGUGUUAAAUGUUUCAUCUGUAUCUUUUUAAUGCAGUUAAGUUUCUUGUAUUUUUCGACAUCUUGAACAUUUAUGUAAAAUUUCAAUUCAUGAGUUUCUUUGAGCAUUUAGGGAUGGUUAAAAAUAGCAAUGCUAUCAUAGAACAGAAACUGAUUUGGAAUUUCAGAACUGUAAACUAUUUUAUGUCAAAAAUUAUAUACUUUCACAAAUAUAAUAAUCAUCUGAAUUGUUUCUUUAUUGUACAUGAAAAAAAAAAAAAAAGUCAUUACCUCAGAGUCUCUUAAAAAUAUUACUAUCACUUUAUAACUUAAUACUUUUUUCAGAAAUGGAAUUUUGACUUUAAGAAAGUUUAUAUAUAAACUCUGCUAUAAAGUGUACUUUUGAGAAAAUGUCUUGUUGAUUGGUCCAUUUCUUUAGAAUCUCAAACUUUUCUUUUCAUAACCAUUGGAAUGCAAAGCUUGUAGAGAAUAUGAAAAGCUUUGUUUCUAAGAAUUAUUGCAGCUAUCUCUUAUGGUAUUAAUUUUAAAAUAAAAUUUUCAUUAAUUUUUUAUGAGUUUAUAAUUUUUUUGAAUUUUUUGUUCAUUUAUUAUGAUUUGUUGCAAUGGAAUGUUUGUGGCAGUUUAUAUAUUUUGUUGUUAAAUGUUGUUUGCUUGUUUUGUAUGUUGGAAAUUGAUAUGAAUUUUUCACUUAUAUCAUAGGAAAGUGCUGUGAUGCUUAUUCAUUUCUGUUAUAAGAAACCUUUUUCCUUUAAAUAUUUUUUGGAUAAGUAUCUUUAUUUCAAGAAUAAAACAUUAAAUUGCGUUAAAAGUGAAAUAUUGUUUUUUAUUAAUUAUUAGAAAUUAAAAAAAAAUAUUAUAAGUUUUUAUAUUCAUUUGGAAUUAGUAUUCUGUGCUCUCAAUAUGUUAAUAAAUUUUCACUUAAUUUUUUUUUUGUGUGUGUUAAUUAUAUUUCUAUAUGGUUUUAAAAUCUAACAAUUGUAAUUAAAAUUAUUAUAAUUUUGAAAAUUAUUGUUUUAAUAGCUUUGGUAUAUUUUGUAGUAAAUGCUUUUUUAUUUCCCUUCAAAAAAUUUUAAUGUACAUAUUUACAUAUUUUUAAUGCAAAAUGUUUGCCAGUUUGUGAGUUAAAAAAAAAAAAAAAAUGUGCUUCAGGGAAGCUUGCAAAUAAAGAAUAAUUGUGAAAUUUAUGGAUAGGUGAAAUAGUAGAAAAGUUUUUGCUUGUGAAUAUAUAUGUACUAUAUAUCAAAUUUAUAAAAGUAACAUCAAAUUUGUUUUUAAGAAAAUACUAUAAAUAUCUACUCUUUAUCUUAUCAGUAAUGGGAAAAAAAGUCUGAUAAGUUUGUUUCUAUAAAUAAAAUGUGCUUUAUAUAUUCAGUGGCAAACAUUGUUAGAUAACACUGUUUGAUAAUACUUAAAUAACUUAAUCAUUUUAUAUAUCCCAUACCUCAGAAAUGCUUAUUUGAGUGAAGUGCAGUGUUUCUGUGUUGUCAUUCAAGAUACUACAACGAUUAUAUAGAGUUUUACUUGUAUCAAAAAUAUAUCAUUGAUAUGCAUGAAUACAACCUAAAUUAAUUUGACAUGCUACAUAUCUUUAAUUUGUUUAUUACAACUGUGGUAUAUAUACAUUUAUAUAUACUCACACACUAGUAUUGUAUAUAUAUUUUUCAGUUUUGAGCAAUAAAUAUUGAUACCAUUGUAAAACUAUUAAAUGCGUACAAAACACUGUAACUUUUUCACUUUUGCAUUCAGCUCAAAAAUAUAAUUAACUUAUGUCUUUUACAUCAAGGAUAUAUGCUUUUGUUAACGUAUAUAAUUUUGUGACAGUUAAUAUGUAGUAUUUCAUGAAAUAAUGAGUAAAAUCGGCUAAAGUAUGAAAUAAAUUCAUUUUAUAUAUUCAAUAAAUGUAUGGAAGAACAUUU